AAGCAAGCAACCACGUUUUCGUAAGGAGUGAGCGCGAAACUAUGGCUUUAAAUUUAGAAAGUAAUUGUGAUCGUUUCUGAUUUUCUAAACAAUAUAUUUGUUAAUUACAUGUUGGAAAUGUCUUCGGAUAUUGAAGAUGAGUUAAAUGAUGUUGAAGAACAACUUCAACAAUUGGAACAGGAAAUUCAUAUUUUGUUGAACAAACAACAAGAAUUGCAACAAAAACGAGAAAAGUUAAAGCAGAAGUUACAGUUAAAAGCUUCAGAAGAAUUAUCAAAAGUUGAUUGGGAACAUAAUGAUUUUCCAUGGUCUACAAAAUUAUUAGAAUUGCUAAAAUCUGUUUUCAAAAUAAAUUCACUUCGACCAUAUCAGUUAUCCACAAUGAAUGCAACACUUUCUGGACAAGACUGCAUCUUAAUAAUGCCAACUGGUGGAGGGAAGAGUUUAUGUUAUCAAUUAACAGCACUUGUUUCUUCAGGAACAACUUUAGUUAUCUCUCCAUUGGUAUCAUUAAUGGAAGAUCAGUUGAUGGCACUUAAAAAUCUUCAAGUAGAUGCAUCACUUUUAAAUUCUUCGUGUUCAAAAGAGGAAGUUAAUUCUGUUCAUAAGGCUAUGACCGAUAAAUCUUCUACAUUAAAAUUGUUAUAUGUAACACCAGAAAAACUUGCUAAAAGCAAAAGAUUUAUGUCAAAGUUAGAAAAAAUGUAUGAAUCAAAUAGACUUUCUCGAAUUGCUAUUGAUGAAGUUCAUUGUUGUUCUCAAUGGGGCAAUGAUUUUCGUCCAGAUUAUAAAUUUCUCGGAAUCUUGAAACGACAAUUUCCAAAUGUUCCAAUUUUGGGAUUGACAGCAACAGCAACUUCUAGAGUAAUAGUAGAUGUACAAAAAAUAUUGAAUAUAGAAGGCUGUCUUGUUCUUAAGGCAUCUUUCAAUAGACCAAAUCUAAUUUAUGAGAUCAAAUACAAAUCUUCUGCUAGUAAAGAUGUAGUGGAUGAUAUGGAAGUGAUAAUUAAAAAGCAAUUUUUUAAAUCAUCAGGUAUUAUAUACUGUUUUUCCGUCAAAGAUUGUGAAGAAAUUGCAUCUCAGCUUACUAAAAGAGGUAUUAAAGCUCAGCCUUAUCAUGCUCAGUUAGAUGCCAAAACUAGAAGUAAAGUUCAUCAUAAAUGGGUCUCAAAUGAAAUUCAAGUUGUUGUAGCUACUGUUGCUUUUGGUAUGGGAAUAGAUAAACCAGAUGUCCGUUUCGUCAUACAUCAUUCAAUUCCAAAAUCAAUGGAAAAUUAUUAUCAAGAAAGUGGAAGAGCAGGAAGAGAUGAUUCAUCAGCAAGUUGUAUCUUAUUUUAUGGGUUCUCGGAUAUUUUUCGACAAAGUACAAUGGUUUUUACAGAGCAGACUGGAUUAGAAAAUCUUUAUGCGAUGGUUGCUUAUUGUUUAGAUCUAAAAAGGUGUAGAAGAGCAAUUAUUGCAGAGCAUUUUGGAGAGAGAUGGAAUAAUUUAGAUUGUAAUAAAAUGUGUGAUCAUUGCAGAUCAACAAAUACAGGUCAGGAAAAAGAUAUCACAAAAUAUUGUUUCUCGUUAUAUAAAAUUAUUGAUCAUGCUAAAGCUCAAGAUGAGAAAUUGACAGCUUUGAAACUGAUAGAUGCAUGGUGUGGAAAAGGCCCUUCUAAACUACGACCUUCAAAUGUACAAUCAGUUACACUGUCUCGUGACAUCUGUGAACGGGUUGUAACAUAUUUACUUUUAGAAGGUUAUUUGAAGGAAGACUUUCAUUUCACACCAUAUUCGACAAUAAGUUAUAUUAAUAAAGGUGUGAAAGCAAAUUUACUAAAGGAUGAUAAAUUUAAAAUUACACUGGACUUUCCAUCAUUCAAACGAAACGCAUCAACAUUAUCGAACGAAGCCGAAGUUUCCGGUGGUAAAAAACCUAAACCGGAAAUAAUUGAUUUGGAAAAACUACCAUUUUAAAAAAAUUAAUAAAUUAUAGAAUAGUUUUAUUAUUACAAA